CGGGCGGAGCAGGCGGGCGGGAGGGGGCGCGUGGCGCUGCUCGGAGAGCGCUCCUCCGCCCAGCUCGGUCCCUGCGCCCCGCUCCGCCCGUGCCUCGCUGCCCGCGCCGAGCUUCGGGCAUCCACAGCGCGCCCGUCGCCCGUGCAGCCAGCGCCACCCAGGGCUGCGUCGCGCACCCCGCCUCCUCCCUUUCCGCCGUCGCCGUCGUCGGACACGCAGCCGCAGGCCGGGGCCCGGCCGCAGCUGGGGAGUCAGGGGCGCGCGCAGCCAGCCCUUCCCCCUCCGGCUCCCGCACCGCUCGCCGCCUCCCCUCGCCCUCCUCUCCCCUCCCUUCUCCUUCGCCGCUUCCUCCUCCUCCUCCUCCUCGCCCGGCCCCAGCUGCCAGCACCAUGUCCGCAGGGGGAGAUUUUGGGAACCCGCUGCGAAAAUUCAAGUUGGUGUUCCUAGGGGAGCAGAGCGUCGGGAAGACGUCUCUGAUCACGAGGUUCAUGUAUGACAGCUUCGACAACACCUACCAGGCAACCAUCGGGAUUGACUUCUUGUCAAAAACCAUGUACUUGGAAGACCGUACGGUUCGACUGCAGCUCUGGGACACUGCGGGGCAAGAGAGGUUCCGCAGCCUGAUCCCCAGCUACAUCCGGGAUUCCACGGUGGCUGUGGUGGUGUAUGACAUCACUAAUCUCAACUCCUUCCAGCAGACUUCUAAAUGGAUCGAUGACGUCAGGACAGAGAGGGGCAGUGACGUGAUCAUCAUGCUUGUGGGCAACAAGACGGACCUGGCUGACAAGAGGCAGAUAACCAUCGAGGAAGGGGAACAGCGGGCCAAAGAACUGAGUGUCAUGUUCAUCGAGACCAGCGCGAAGACCGGCUACAAUGUGAAGCAGCUCUUUCGACGUGUGGCAUCAGCUCUGCCCGGCAUGGAGAAUGUCCAGGAGAAGAGCAAAGAAGGGAUGAUUGACAUCAAGCUGGACAAGCCUCAGGAGCCGCCGGCCAGCGAGGGCGGCUGCUCCUGCUAAUGCACGGCCCACGCGGCUUCCUCAACGCCACUCACUUGUUUUGCCUCCUAUCGGUUAGCUUCCUAACGGGGUGGGAACUGAGUUUAUCAAGACGGGGAGGAUCUUUCUUUUCUCUCUCUCUCUCUCUCUAGGAGUAGGGUGGGACAUGGGGAGGGAGGCUGGGCAUCAGGGACCACGUCACUCUUAACAGCUGUUACCUAAACAACUAUUUUUUGGUUUGGUUGUAAUAUAUUGUACUUUAUUAAGAUUGCCAAAAACUGUUAAAAUUUAAAAAAAAAAAAAUUUAAAUCAUGUGUAUACAACUUUUUGCCAGAUAAGAAAAGUAGUCAUUUUUAUUUGAAAGAAGUGCUUUUUUGUUUGUUUGUUUUUGUAUAUUUGUAAACUUACAGAGAACCUCUCCACACACCCCUUCCUUCCUGUUCUCUUGGAACUGUGUGUCACCUCUAUUUUCCCUCCUACCCCCAGCCCAGAAAAUUAAAGCAAUUAACUGAACAGUAGUAAUUACAUUCUAGUUCUAGUUCUGGGUCACAUGGCCCAAACCAACCAAGCCCGGCACUCCAGUCAAAUCAGACUUUAACCUGACAGAACAGCCUCUGAGGGGGUAUUGUCGAGUCCUUCCCUGGCAGAGUGGGACACAUUAGCAGGCCCCUGAGAGGAAAUGAAGGCCUGUGGACUGCAGCUCAGCAGCAGGCCCCUUGGCUGCUUCUGCCUCUUCUCCUUCCCUGAAAAAAACAAAGCAAAACAAAACAAAACCAUAGAGCCAAAAAGCAGAGGCAACAGUGUGUUCUCUGGGCUGACCCAGUGACGAACAGAGCAAGAUGUUACUGGAAGGAUGGGGUGCUCUUGGCAGCUGAGGGCUGGGGCAGUGUGUGGGUCUCAAACACGUGUGGUUAGGCUGACUCGCCAACUCAAUGUGUGACGCUGGGUGGCUCAGGGAUGCUGAAGCCUAGGGUGCCUGCCACCACUGCAGCCACCAUUGAGGAAGUGAGAGGAGUCGGCCGUGACUCCGGACACUCCACGUUUUCAGACCCUUGGUUACUAAUCUUGCCGAAUGUUGUUCUGGAAAAAGCUGUUUCCUUGAUGUGGUCUCACCCCUGGCAUGGUACGUUUGAAAUCUUUGUAUGAAUACCUUUGGGAGUGUUGCGGCUGCCCUGCGAGCAUCUUGGAGUCACCGUGGGGUUUCCGGAAGGCUGCCCAGGGCACGGCAACCUGCCCCCCAGCAGGCUGUCCUUGCUAUUUAACUCAUUCCCCAGACUGGUUCUGUCUUGAAGGCCUUCAGAGUCUAUCAGAGUGCUCUUCUCAAAGCAAAAUAGCUCUCACAUUGUAAACGCUCCCAGACUCACUGCCCGUCUGCCUUUGGGCAGGCCCCGGGCAGUGACUCUAAUCAGAACACCCCAGCUCCCUCCAUAGCAUUGGCUCUUCUUCCAGACUGCUGAUGGGCAGAAUGAAUUGCCUCCACAGGGCAGAACUCCAACAAGGAAGUUGGGUUGAAUUAUGGAAUCUCUCAAAAAUGAGUUCAAAAAUGGCAGCCUGCAUGGCAGGGCUGAUUCUGAGUGGGCCUGUCAUGCUCCUCCAUCCUGGGAGACAGUGUCAGAGCCGGUUCCGAUGAAGAAGAGAGGAAGCAGGAUCCCCCUGGGUACCUCUUCCAGAAGGCAAGGACUAACGUACGAGCAUAAUCGAAAUGUCACGUUUAGUUUUUAUGUGUACAUAAUUAUACAUAGAGAUAGACUUGUGUAUACACCCUCCACACACACACACACAUCCUCACAUAUACAUGUGCUCAAUGUAUAUCCUUGUCUCUCCCGCUCACAACUUGGGACUUGCAUUGUGAUUCCGGUUUUUGGAAGUUCAAAAGUAUGCAGUGUAUUGAAAUAAGAAAUAAUUCAAUAUUGUCAAAUAACUUGUGGUUGUCUUGCCUUCAAUAAAAUAGUGCAUAGAUGUGUUAAACUACAAGUAAAACUAGUCCACAGAACUACCUUUAACCACUGCUUUAUGUACCUGUGUGCACGGGUGUGCAUGCCGUUGUGGGCCAGUGUCCUCCAGUGUGGACACCCCACCUACGUGGUGCUUGUUGGAAGAAAGCGUGCUUACCCCGUGGUGACAGCAGCCUGGUUGGCAGUGAGGGGCUUUGCUGGUGGCCUCUGGCAGGGCCCCACUGACAGCACUCUCUACUGGCUCUCACUGAAUGUAGGGUGGAUUUUAACCUUCUUGACACUGAAUAACCUUUCUUGUAUUGCUGUAACUCGAAUUAAAAAAAAAAAUCCACUCUCUUCUCUUGUGCACACAAUCUAAGGCAUCAUGGCCUGCUAUUAGAAAUAGCAGGUGCCAUGCAGAUGCCUGUUUCUGGUUGAUCUGGCCUAAGGAGCCCUGCCUUCCGAGCUUGUACACAAACCCCUUUCUGAGUUCAGGCUCUCCCAGCCCUGCAGCCCCUGAGAAUGAGAGUUCUGCCCCAUUGCUCUCCCACUCCAGAGGUGCCCUGGCUUUUUUCUCAGCCAAGCUGCCCAUCUCCUUCCCUAUGGGCCAUCAAGGCAACCAGGCCCCAACAGAACUGUAUUGGACCUGGGCUCUCUCCCUGACCACCACCACCAUCCUACUUGUAGGUAGGAUCCAGUCAGGUACACUUAAAGACAUCCUGAAAUUAUCUAUGUCCCCGGCUUUGCUAAAUUCAGAUCAGUCAGAGGACAAAAUUGAGGAUUCCUCUUAGGGUAUGAUCUCAGCGUAGUAGUAAUUCAGUUCCUCUCUCUGGACACUGCCUGGCUGAGGAGCCUUGAAGGAGAGUUGUGAGCAGUGUAGAAAUUGAAAGGGCAGGUAGCAUAGCUGUACACACAGAGAGACCAAAACGAAGGUAUGACAUCAGUGUCCUGAGUGCUAGCAUUGUUGUGGGGUCAGAGGUUAGAAUGCUGGGUGGUUAGAUCCUUGUUGCUGUCAGUCCCUGCUCCCUGUCGCCGUCUUUAAACAUUUUGCAAUAUCUCAAGAUCCAGGAAGCCAUGGCCACAUCAGUUCACUGUCUCAGGCAACAAAGACAAGGGUUGCAAGGUGGCAGCUAGGAGUAUAGACACCUGGGGCCUGGUCUCUGUAACCCAGUGGCUAACCAGUGUUGGAGAUCUAAGCACCGCUGGCUUCAGCCUCCUACAGGCAGAGCAGUUUAUCCCUUCUCCACAUGGAUGGGGAGAGGCUGUCAGCAAAGUAGCUGAAGAUGGUUAAGUUAGAGCUGUUACACAAGAGCCAGCUGGCAGGAGUCUGUCUGAGUGUGUCAAAUGCUCAGGGCUCGAUGCUCACUAGUUUCUAAACUACCUCCCCCCAAGGAUGGGAGGCAUCCUCACCUUGCCACAGCACUGGGAGCCAGACCCUUCCUGUUUCACAGGUGGGAGAACCUCAACAGUCAAGGUCGCCUACAAGCCAGAGAUGAUCAGAACCAGUAUUGGGAUUCUUGAUCCAUUGCUGACCUGCGGUGUUCAGACAGGACUGCUGUGCUCAUGUCCCUGAGGCCUUCUCUACUCCGUGGCUAGUACAUAAAGGUCGUCCCAGCCUGACUAGCUAGAGAGAAGAUAGGUGCAUUUGGGGAUCUCACUGUAAAGAAGAGUGGUCCCCAAAUCUACUUGCAUUGUCUUGUACACACACACACACACACACACACACACACACAGCAGUAGUCAGGGUACCCUUUUAAUUUUUGUUUGAAAUCAAUUUCUUCGCUAUUCCGAAAUCUUGCAGUUUCAAUGUGCAAAUCCUUGGAAUGACACUCUCCGCAGGGUAUGAUUAUCAGGAAAUCCUUGCAGCGGGAGUUCAGAUGGGCCCUUCAGGAGGCAGGAAGUCUCCAUAGCAACGAAGGCCAGCCUGCCUGUUGUGAAGUGUUGACUUCUCACCUUACCUGUCCUUUAAAGUGAGGAGUAGAGGACGGCAUCUCCAUCUGUCCUGGGCUCAGAAGGCACAGUGGCCAUACUGACUUUACAUUCAACUGUGUAAUAUGUGGAAAAGACUCAGCAUGUUGGUCAAACAAUAAACUGUCCUAAUUCUCAACA